CGAGUGAGUGAGAGAGAGAGAGAGAGAGAGACAGAGAGAAACGACGAGGGUUGGUUCGCCAAGCUCAGUUACGCCGCGCCCCUUGCGAAGAGCGCUGCGCCUCGCGAGCGAGAUCGUAGUACCUUUGAUUUUUAAACGGGCCCUUUUGAACUUGUACAACUUCUACAGACAAUUUGUGUUAUCGUCCCUAUUCGUGUCCCUUACGAUCAAGUAGAAUUUUUAAUCGUACGGUAUUUUUUAUUUUAUCGUGAUAGAAAGAAAAAUAAAAACGGAAAAAAGGAAAAAGAAAAAAAUAAAGAAAUGUUUCGUCAUCAGGAAGGAGCACGUGUUCGUGCUUGAAAACGUUUUUGUCAGAUCGGUAUCUUGAUCGAGAUGAAGUGACGUUUUUAUUUUGAAAGUAAAUAUAAUAUAGACCAAUAGAGGGGAAAGUUUUAGUGUUUAGUGUUACUCGAACAAAAUAUUUCGUGCCUGAUCGAAGACAGUCGUGUGAUCGUUGGAUUGGAAUAAAGGUUUUUUUUAAGUUGGAAGGAUUUAAACGAAGGGAAAAAGUAGUGCCCAGGAAAUCGUUUUAAUAUAUUCUCGAGUGGAGGGAAAUGAUCUUGUUGGCUGCGCAGUUGAAAACAUGUCAACGAGGGAGAACUUGAGAUAGGAAGAGCUAGAAAGAGAGAGAGAGAGAGAGAGAGAGACAGAGAUACAAAGGAAGAAAAAAGAAGGGAUAUCUAGAAAUUCAGUUAAGCUCCGAUAGACAAGUAAAAUAAGAAGAAGAAAGAAGAUGUGAGAUGUCCUAACGCCAGGAGAAAGAAAAAGAAAGAAAAAAGGAAAGAGAGAAAGAGAGAGAGAAAGCAAGAAAGGGAUUGGAGAAUAAGAAGAGGGCGGUACCGCGCGCGUAAAGAGACUCACCUCUAUGAGAGUUAUAUGACAUAGAAAACAGCCGUUACGCGAAAAUCUUCAACGACGAAAGCGAACUCCAUGAUAAACUUUUCGCAUAAGGAAGCUUCUACCUUCAAGGAAUUUUUCAACUACACUGAGAAGAAAUCUGUCUGAAUUCGUGCAAUGGACGAAGCGGAAUCAAGCGUCGAAUCGACAACACUGAUAUUUUGAGAGAGAUCAUCCAUCAAAGAUAUUGAGACAAGAAGCAGGAUCGUUUGGUGUGUCUCAUCGAAAGCAAGAUUACUCCGCGAUGACACGACGAAAAGGAAAACGAGUUGCAAGCAUUCCUUAAGAUAGCUAUAUCGGAGAUGACGGAAACGUCAAAGCCGCGGUACGCGAACCGCAGUAGCGGGGAGAGAUAAGGAAGGUGAACGGCAUCACGCCGAGCAGUCAUGUGCAGUGUCAUGUGGCUCCUUCGGCUGCUGACAACUUGCUGCCUCGCACUUCUAUCAGCGUCUGAUUUACGCACAGAUCUACCUUUGUCAACGGAUCAAGUCUCAACGAGAGCGACAACGGCGGCAAAGCGAUCGGUAGCAACAGACGCACCGAUGCUGAAUUACAUAUUCGAUGCACAUAGUACUCUAAACAAACAUCAACAUCACCACGAUCAUCGUUGGGGUCCACAUUUUGAGAGUGAUAGUUCAGCGAAAAACAUCACUAUUCAAGCUGGUGCCAGCGUCGUUUUAGACUGCAAGAUAUCAUUGUUGCAGGACAAAACGGUAUCCUGGGUAAGGAGACAGGAAAACAGUGAAAAAAUGAAUUUGUUGACUGUCGGCCAUCUCACGUACACCGGUGACCCAAGGUACACCAUCGUGUUUCAAUAUCCGGACAAUUGGCGUCUAGAAAUCAAACGCGUCAAUAGCAGCGAUGAGGGUCAGUACGAAUGUCAGAUCAGCACUCAUCCGCCCAAAUUUAUUCGCAUAAAUUUACACAUCAAUGCGCCAUCCGUCCAAAUAGUGGACGGCGCGGGUCAACCGCUAAGGGACAAAUACUACGAGGCAGAUAGCACCAUCGAACUGCUAUGCGUCGUGCGUCACAUAGCGAUGCAGGUCCAGUACAGUGUCGUCCAAUGGCUCCAUGGUAAUCGAACUCUGAACUACGACACAACGAGAGGUGGUAUCAGCGUGAAAACGGACCUAAUGGAGGAAGGGGCCAACUCUACUCUCAGCAUAGCGAGAGUCGGACCAGCGGACAGUGGUAACUACACAUGCAUGCUCACCACCAUGCCUGAUCAGCCUGCAACGAUUCAUGUACAUGUCCUGAACGGAGAAAGCCUAGCCGAGUUGCAUCAUGGUGGUUCACGUGACAUUCAAGCGGACGUCUGGAGUUCUCUACUACUCUUCCUCUUCGCCAUUCUAGGAUGGCUUCAGGUGCUGAGAUGAAGACUCGACAAUGCUCGCUGCGACCCUCAUAAAGGCAUUCUCAGUACUCGCUGCUGAGAUAUGAGAGUGCAAUGACCGAUGACUGAAACAAACAUGACGAAAAACGUUAUCGUCUUAUACGUGGCACGAACCUUUUUAUUGUUUCGAAAGGUAUAAGAAUGAGUGAGAAAUAAUAAAAGAUAGAGAGAAUGCUGAAAUUGAAAAGAAAAGUAUGAUCGACGGCGUUGCUAUUUUUUCGUUUCUUUUUUUUUUUUGUUUUCUUAACAACCGUUCAAGUAUGAAAAUUAAAUAGAAACAAAGAGAGAAAAGUAAAAAAAGUUUCUUCUAUAAAAAUUGUCUUAUACAACGACCUAAUUAUUAUUGGCAAUCAUUUCAUUUGAUUUACAUAAUUGCACUUUGAAAAACUAUCGUUAUUUUUUAUAGAACUAUUGUCUUUUUAUUGUGAUUCCUGAGAGUAGUUACAGCAACGCCGUCGUAAAUUUGGCAAGUACAGUGAUAUUUUUAUCGUCGUAAUUGAAAUACCGAUAGUAAACUAUUUACCGUUUACAGUUGUCGUAAAUUAAAUUAUCGUGCUUCGUUGUUAAAACGGGGGAUUACAUUUAUCCGAGCUUCGAUGGGAAAAUUUACCGAGUGGUUGAAAUUGUUUCGAGAGGUUAGUUUGGGAGCAACGUUGAGAAUUUUGAGAAAAGAUCCGAAAGGACAUGAUGCGAAAAUCAGAAUCGCAUUAUUGUCCAAGAGCUCAUUUAGUUCAUCAGUGAGGAAAAAGAUCGAGCGUUGAGAUCAAAUAACUCGAUACAAUUAAAAUAGUCGUUAUUACUUGAAUAAGAACCAAUAACCGUUCAAUUACUUGCUAUCUUACGAAGUAAGAUAGAUUAUUAAGGUACAGUCGCGCAAAAAAUAUCAAAUGCAACGUUGCAAAACUGGAGUUUGUUAUUAUUAAUUAUCGUUCAAAUGAAAUACGACCGAUGGCUGAGAAACGUUUACACGUUUGGUUCGUAAUUUAUCGAAGAAAUUUAAUGAACAGAGAGAUUCGAUCAUCCGUUCACAAAGAGGAAAUCUAUGAGAACGACUACGCGUGCUAUAUCAUUGACCAAGAAAUAUCCUUAUUCGUCCGAUCGAGUAAGCAUGAUUCGCUUACGUAGCGUGUAAAAUCGAAGAUCGAAGAACACGAUUCAAACUCAGUGUUCGAACUUUCGAGGAAUAACGCGUGAGAAACAGAGCGAGAAUAACCACCUCUGUUCUCUUUUUCUUUAAGUGAUAUUUAUAGGUAACGUAUAUAUAUAUAUAUAUAUAUAUAUAUAUAUAUAUAUAUAUGUAUAUAUGUAUGUAUGUAUGUAUAUACAUGCAUAUGACUCCUCGUUUCUCGAAAAUCCUACGGCGAAUCCUCGGUGUAUCGAAAAUGUCAAAUGCUGUUUUUCCUCGCAAAGACUUCGAGAAUCGAUGAUACGAAAAAACAAGUAUAUAUGUAUAUUUGCAAAACUGAAGGGAAUGUGAGAUAAUUUAAAAUCGGGCCAAACGGCGAACUAAUACCUACGUAUGAAGGCGAGAAUUAUGCGCUUUCAUCGAAAGAAAAUAUUACGAAAUAA